CCCUUCUAAGAUGUAAGACCGCCUUAAAACCCUAGGCGGAGACCAAUUUGCCUUCUUCUUCCUCCUCUUCCUUCUUCUUCUUCUUCUUCUUCAGCAAUCCUCAAACCAAGCUCCACCGUCCUCUUGAGCAUCGCGCCGUCAACUUCAAGAAAGUGUAUUGCAGAUAGCAGCAUGGCUGAAGAAGCAGGCAUGUUUACGGUUCAGCAAACUGUGGGCAGCGUUUUGUGCUGCAAAUGUGGUAUUCCAAUGGCGCCUAAUGCUGCCAAUAUGUGCGUCAAAUGUUUGCGGUCUGAGGUUGACAUCACAGAAGGUCUACAGAAGAAUGUUAUAAUUACUCAUUGUCCUGAAUGUGAUACCUACUUGCAGCCUCCAAGAACAUGGAUUAAAGCGCAGUUAGAGUCGAAGGAGCUUUUGACUUUUUGUGUCAAGAGGCUGAAGAAUAUGAAUAGAGUCAGGUUAGUGCAUGCUGAAUUUGUCUGGACUGAACCUCACUCCAAGAGGAUUAAGGUGAGGCUAAGAGUUCAGAAGGAGGUUCUAAAUGGUGCAAUACUCGAGCAGGCCUAUGUCGUUGAGUAUGUUCAGCAAGAGCACAUGUGUGAGUCCUGCUCCAGGGUUCAGGCUAACCCUGAUCAGUGGGUUGCUGCUGUUCAGCUAAGGCAGCAUGUUUCUCACAGAAGGACAUUCUUUUACCUGGAGCAACUGAUACUCAAGCACGACGCUGCAGCUCAUGCCAUAAAAAUCAAGCAGAUGGAUCAAGGAAUUGACUUUUUCUUUGCCAAUCGCAGCCAUGGUGUGAAGUUUGUUGAAUUCAUUAGUAAAGUUGCUCCGGUGAGGAGUCGCAGUGACAAGCAACUUGUGUCUCAUGAUACGAAGAGCAAUAACUACAACUACAAGCACACUUUCUCGGUUGAGAUAAGUCCGAUCUGUCGUGAGGACCUUAUCUGUCUGCCUCCUAAAGUUGCAGUGAGUUUGGGAAAUUUUGGUCCUCUUGUUAUAUGUUCAAAGGUUACCAACAGCAUUGCCUUACUCGAUCCAUUUACUCUGAGGCAAUGUUUCUUAGAUGCUGACCAAUAUUGGAGGACAUCAUUUAAGUCCCUGCUUACUAGUCGACGGCUUGUUGAGUACAUUGUGUUAGACGUGGAGUUGGUCUCGUCUGAGGUUAAUAUUGGGGGCUCAAGGUAUGCCUUAGCUGAUGCGCAGGUGGCUCGUGUAUCAGAUUUCGGUAAGAAUGACCUGAUUUUCUCCAUUAGGACACAUCUUGGUCAUCUUUUGAGCCCUGGUGACUACGCCCUCGGCUAUGACCUUUAUAGUGCAAAUACAAAUGACAUGGAGCUGGAGAAACACAAAGGUCUCAGUCUCCCCGAGGCAAUUCUGGUAAAGAAGAGCUAUGAAGAGAAACGCCAGAGGAAACGCGGCAAGCCUCGUUCGUGGAAGCUUAAAUCUCUCAAUAUGGAGGUUGACGAGACAAGAAACAGGGCUGAUGAGGAGAAGGUGAACACCGAGUAUGAAGAAUUCUUGAGAGAUCUCGAGGAAAACCCUGAUAUCAGGUUCAACAUAUCACUAUACCGAAACAGAGAUUACCAGCCAUCUGAGGUGGCGUCUGUAACGGAUGGAGAUCUACCCUCUGUUCCCCUGGAAGAGUUGUUGGCAGAUCUUGAUUUGAGCGACGAAGAGAUGGAGGACACCGCUUGAGAGAGAGCUUAAAAUCUGUAUUAAGAACUUAUAGUCCCUCAUUGCCUCUGUGU